GAAACAUAAAACUCAAUCAAGAUAGAUAAGACUACAACAAAGAAGCAUCAUCAUCAUUCAUCAUCAUCCACUUCUGGGAGAAGAUUUGAAGGAAUGCAAAGUGUUGCAGCAAUGGCAUCAUCAACAGCAGCUAGUCUGUCAUGGAGUUCAUCCUCAUGGUUUAACAGCCACUGCUUAACCAGAACCUCCAACUCUGAAGCCACUAAAUUCACUGACAAAACCUCCAAUUUGAUGGUUGUUGCCCAAAAGAAAGCCAAGAAAGUCCGAAAGGUUGUCUUGAAAGAGGAUGUGACAGACCUUGGCAAAAAGGGUGAGCUUUUGGAUGUUAAAGCUGGGUUUUACAGGAACUAUUUACUCCCAUUGGGAAAAGCUCAAAUCAUGACGCCCACACUUCUCAAGGAAAUGAAGAUAGAAGAGGAGAGAAUAGAGGCUGAGAAAAAGCGGGUGAAAGAAGAAGCACAGCAGCUUGCAGUAAUGUUUGAAACUGUUGGAGCUUUCAAGGUCAAGCGCAAAGGUGGGAAGGGAAAGCAAAUUUUUGGAAGUGUAACGGCACAAGACCUCGUUGACAUAAUCAAGGCACAGUUACAGAGGGAGGUGGACAAAAGAAUUAUUUCUCUUCCAGAGAUCCGGGAAACGGGUGAAUAUAUUGCAGAACUGAAGCUUCAUCCUGAAGUUACUGCUCGAAUUAGGUUGAAUGUCUUUGCAAAUUGAGGAGAGGUACUUUUCAUUUCAGGCGGCAGUAGAUUGUAGACUUUUUAUCUUACGGUAGUCAUUCCUCAAGGUGUUUGACAGAUCAGUAAUUAAUGUAUUUAUUUUGAAAGUUAACCUCGGCAACUCACAGGAGAAAAGAAAACAAGGAAACAAGGACUAGUUGUAUUAUGGUCUGGUUCAACUUGGACUGUGAUGGCAGAUGGAGUAUCUAGUCUUGCAAUCAAUGAAACAGGCUUUUCAAAAGUGUUUGAUAUUGUGGAUGAAACCUAGGUGAAAUGUCAAAUUACAUGUAUAGGGCCCACGAAUUGUAUUCUAGAAGGACUCGUCAAAUCUGUGUGUUUGUUGGCUUUUAAUUACCAUUCUAUUUUAUAGCUCCUUCACUUUUCUUACUGUAUCUCAUUUAUUUCUGCUGGAUGCAUGAUCUUAAGUUAUAUUUACAAAUGAUAUGAUUUUUUGUCCAAAUUCUGUUGCCUGAUGGAUUAUGAUCUGUUGGGAUAAAAUUUGCAGUCAUAAGAUAGUGAAAGUGAACUGGUCGGAAAUAGUCAAG